AUGGCGUGUCCCCUGGAGCAGGCGCUGGCCGUGAUGGUCUCCACCUUCCACAAGUACUCGGGGAAGGAAGGGGACAAGUACAAGCUCAGCAAGGCAGAGCUCAAGGAGCUGCUGAACAAGGAGCUGCCCGUCUUCGGGAGCAAGCAAAUGGACGAGGUGGAGUUCAAGAGGCUCAUGAACGACCUGGACCACAACAAGGACAGCGAGGUGGACUUCAAGGAGUACGCCUGCUUCCUGGCCUGCAUCGCCAUGGGCUUCAACGAGUUCUUCAAGGACGGCCCCGCCAAGCAGCCCCGCAAGAAGUGA